CGCUGUUCUGGGUUUAUGGGUGAAGCCGGUUUAAUGAACUGCUGAUUUGAAUUCCUCGCGGAACAUCCUUUAUAUUUGUACGGUAUUGAAGUGCUUUUUGCAGCGUGACAGGACGGAGAUAUGAAUGUUAAAGUCACAGGUUGAAUGAUGGCGUCAGGAUGGUGGCAGCCUCGAUCAGUUAGAGCUGCUUUACUCUUUAACACCAUCAUCAUCUUCAUCAGCACCGGCGCACAGACGCACACCUGUGACCAUAAAGUGCCCCUGCCUACAGAGGUAAUACAAAAAGUGUAUCUGAAGCCAGAUAGAUUGACCAAAAGAAGCACUGACCAGCAGUUAAAGAUCCAAAUAGAGUACGACUCCAGCUUGGAUUGGUUAGAUGAAGCCAAAAGCAGCCUUGUUAAGGACGAGCUCCUCCCACAGGCUAUUGAUUAUCUUCAGAAGGCCUUUAGGGUUCGUAGGCAGUCAGGUCCAAUAUUACUGAGCAGGCAAUGUGCAACCAAUCAGUACCUUAGGAAAAGAGAUGAUCCACAUCGCUACUGUCAGGGACCAUGUGCAAACAUCACCAAGUGUGGGCCAGUUGUUGUCCCUGAACAACAUUUGCAGCAAUGCAGGGUUUGCAGUGAGUCUGGCAAGUCCUGCGGCCCCACCGGUCAUCCCGAUGGUGAGGGGGUGGCGAGGGCAGAUUUCGUGUUGUACGUGAGUGCGAUGACCACAGAGCGUUGCGGACAAGAGAACAUUGUAGCCUAUGCAGCGUACUGCCAGCUGGAGUCUGAACUGGACAGGCCCAUCGCUGGAUAUGCCAAUCUGUGUCCCAAUAUGAUCUCUACUCAACCUCAGGAGUUUGAAGGGAUGCUGUCCACAGUCAAACACGAGAUCAUACAUGCCCUGGGUUUUUCUGCAGGUCUCUUUGCGUUUUACCAUGAUGAUGAUGGGAAACCUUUGACACCACGUUCUGCAAGUGGUCUACCUGCAUACAAUGAGAGUUUAGGGUUAUAUCAGUGGAGUGAUAAAGUCAUUAAACGAGCAACUCGGCUGUGGGACAUCCGUGGUGGCCACAUGGUCAGACACACCGUCCAUCUUCUGGCCACCCAGCGUGUAGUUGAGGAAGCCAGGAGACAUUUUAAUUGCCCCAUUCUAGAGGGCAUGGAACUGGAGAACCAGGGAGGUGCUGGCACAGAGUUCAACCACUGGGAAAAACGUCUGUUAGAGAAUGAGGCGAUGACUGGAUCUCACACACAGAACAGAGUGUUCUCCAGAAUUACUUUGGCCAUAAUGGAGGAUACAGGGUGGUACAGGGCCAAUUAUAGUAUGGCAGAGAACCUGGAAUGGGGAAGAGGUUUGGGUUGCGACUUUGUGAUGAAAAGCUGUAAAUUCUGGAUAGACCAGCAUCGCCAUACGAGGCCAACUCUGAACCCAUACUGUGAUUCUGUCAGGGGCGCACCUCUGCAGCUCACCUGCAGGCAGGACCAGCUGGCAGUGGCCGUGUGCAACCUGCAGAAGUUUCCUCAUCCACUUCCUGUAGAGUAUCAGUACUUUGACCAUAUCCCUGGUGUCCCUGUGGAGGAUUUGCCAGCAUACGGCGGGGCCGUGGAGAUUGCAGACUAUUGUCCUUUUAGCCAGGAGUUUAGUUGGCAUGUGGGUGGGGAAUACCAACGCAGCUCUUACUGCAGAAUACAGGAGAACCAGCCAGCCACAUGGAGAAACUAUGGGGCGGAACAGUACGGCCCGGGAUCAGUUUGUCUGUACCAGAAGUCACCAUUCGUAAUGGAGCAGUGCACCAAAAAAAUGACCUACCCAGACUGGGGCAGUGGUUGCUAUAAGGUGUCUUGUACAGCUCAGGGGUUGUUGGUCUGGGUGCGGAAUGAGUCUUAUCCAUGUGUUCGUACUGGUCAGGUGAUCAGCGUGAGCAUACGAAUGAAUGGAUGGGUCUACAGCGGGCAGCUCAUCUGCCCAACCUGCUCUGACUUCUGCAGCAACUGUCCACUUCCUCAUGAGAUCCCCCCUCCAAACACCACCAAGAGUGCCCGCUUAGAUCCUUGUUCCAGAUCGUCAUGUUUGGUGGUGAACUUAUGGCAGCUCCUGUUAACUCUUACUCCACUGCUGAUUGGCUUCUUCCUUUGUGGCAGGGACUGAAUUUGUUCCCACUUGAUUGGGUGAAUAUGGAUGCCUUGAUAUGCUACAGGCUUCCUUUGAGGUUUAGCUGCUGUGGAGAGCAGAACGGCGGCGAAGUGAUCUGACAACUGUUCUCUCUGUGUGGAGGUGUGGACUGUAGAUGGGAUUGAAAAGCCAUUGAUUGCACUCCUCCUUGCCUGGCUGUCAGGUGCCAGCGAGCUGUAGAUCCAAUGUGAAGCCAUAGUCAUGCAAGUUACAGUUAUGCAGGUGCUAAUUAAUGUUCUCUGUCUCUCUGAUGGACGUGUAGCAUUUUGGGUUGUGAAAUAGGCAUCUGGUUGACAACGAUGGGAGAUAUUCUCUCUGGUGUUCUGCUCAUGGUGCUUCUCUGUUGUGUCGUGAAUUAAUUGCUGGCAAUGUUUUGAUCAGCGUAUAUCAGGUCAUGUGACUGACUGAUGAUACUUGUGAUUUUGCAUGGAGAAGUGCAGGUGAGAUGAGAUCUCUGUUAAGGUCUGUGCAAGUGCUGAAUUUUAAUUUUUUUGAUAAUUUAUAGAAAUUUGAAUGUUGCUGUUGUACAAGAUAAAUACUUGUGAAGAGGGUUUAAACAUGUUUGAAUUUAUUAAUAUACGGUUGGGUCCAGAAGUCUGAGAUUACAUCAAAAAUCUGGGAUUUUUUUUUAAAAUAUACAGGUAAAUAGGACAUUUUUUUAGGAUAUUUCAAAAAUAUGAUGUAAAUGAAGACAAUUUUCUAAGUCACUGAUUCAAAGCUGACAUUGAUCAUGUAUCUCUUUGUACUGACAGUCAGAUUCUUGCUUCCGUUGAAGCACAAAUUCUCCAAUCAUGCUUAUAAUUUUUAUUCAUAUUUUGAAUUAGUUUUUAUUUUAAUAUUUUGUUUUAAAUUUGAAGUUUAGUCAUUGUGAUGUGAAUUAAUUAAACUAAGUUUAACUAAUGGAAAAAAUGAGCGUUAACUGAAAUAUGUACACUACUAGUCAAAAGUUUUUGAACAGUAGGGUUUUGUCACAAGAUCCUUCUGAAAUCAUUCUAAUAUGCUUAUUUGCUGUUCAAGAAAUAUUUUUAUUAUGAUUAUCAAAAUUUAAAACGGUUGAAUACUUUUUUUCAGGAUUCUUUGGUGAAUAGAAAGAUCCAAAGAUCAGCAUUUAUGUGAAAUAAAAAGUUUUUGUAACAUUAUACACUAUACCAUUCAAAAGCUUGGAGUCAGUAUCUUUUUUUUUUUUUUUUUUUUGUGAAAAAAUUAUAGAAAUUAAUACUUUUGUUUAGCAAGGAUGCUUUAAAUUGAUCAAAAGUGAUGAUAAAGACAUUUAUAAUGUUACAAAAGAUUUCUAUUUCAGAUAAAUGCUGUUCUUUUGAACAUUCUAUUCAUCAAAGAAACCUGAAAAAAAUUCUGCUUAAUAAUAACAACAAUAAACGUUUUUGAGCAGCAAAUCAGAAUAUUAAAAUGAUUUCUGAAGGAUCAUGUGACUGGAGUAAUGAUACUAAAAAUUCAGCUUUAAAAUCACAAGAAUAAAUUACAUUUUAAAAUAUAUUCAAAUAGAAAGAGUUAUUUAAAUGGCAAAAUAUUUCAGAAUUUUACUGUUUUUGCUUUACUUUUGAUCAAAUUAAUGACAAAUAAACAGAAGAGACUUCUUUAAAAAACAUUACAAAUCUUACUGUUCAAAAACUUUUGACUGGUAGCGUAUCUUUCUAUUUUUUUUAUUUCAAGUGACUUUAUUUAUUUCUUUUUUUGCAUGGUUUUAGUUAACUAUAAUAAUCCUGGCUUGAUUGCUGGAUGACAAACCAAAUACUAAGAAAUUCUGCAAUUUAUAUACAUUUUUGUUUGUCAAAUUAUGUUGAUAUUAUAUAAUUUGUAAUUCAUUUUGUACUUAAUUAAAUACUGCAAUUUUCAGUAGCGGUCUCAGACUUGUGGACCUGUGCAUGUGCGAUUUAGUUUUAUCGCAAUUAGUUAUUUGACAUACAAACAUACUGACAUACAUUACUGAUUCUGUUUACCUUUAGAAGUGUUGCCAGAUUUUGGUCCUCAAGGGCUAUCCUAAAAAGGCUGCAGAUCUUUAUAGACUUUGUUGUCUUAUAACAAUCAACUCACUAAAAGCCCUUGAGAAAAGUGCUUUUUAUAACAUUUAUAUGAAAUCAGAUGACAUUAGCAUGUUGAUUAGUUUGCCUUCAGUGAGAAGUAUGCAUCUUUUUUUCUUUUAACGAAUGCUUAUUUGUCAUGGUGUCAAUUCACUACAGUAGCAAGGUGCCAUUAGUAGGGCUCUUUUGACCAACACCCUUUUUUAACAGAAUAUCCAAUGUAGAUAUUCAAUUACAAAACUUUUACUUUUUAAAAUAUGAGGUGUCUGUACACGUACAAGAAAGCAGUCACAUUUUAACUUGCUUUAAUGCAUUCAAAAUGUAGCCAUUAUUUUAAAAAUGUAACUGGGCACAAAUACAGAGGAGCUGCGCUGUAUAUGUGUUAGUUUAGAGAAUAGAUUGUUACUGUUUAGGUGUUAGAGGACUAGUAAGACGGUCUGAUAUGUAAUCUGGUAUUUUCAUUGUUCUUUUAUAUCUUAUAAUAUUUAACGAGAAACUUGUGUGGAGGCUGCUCUGAAGAUUUUGCCACUCGUAAGCUUUUUAGUAUUACAAUAUCUGACUUCUUUUUGUUAGAUAACACAAUACUUUUAGAACACAGUAUUAGUUAAGUUUUGACAGUGCUGAGAGACAAACAUGGCAGCUUUAAAUACAACACUAUUUUAGAGCCUUUGCAAAUGGAAUAUGUUGUGUGAAUAUACAUGUUUCUAUUGUAGUACCGAACGCUGCGGUGUUAAGAAGUUUAGUGUUGCUUUUUAAGCAUACUGUUUGAAGAAGAGAUUAAUGUGUGAAAUAUGGAGCAAAUGAGAUGCCAGAUUUCAAAGUGAAACUACAAUAUGGUGUGAUUAUGGUAUGAAUUCAUAUUUACUGUAUGUAUAGUUGUAGUUUAUAUAUUUCGAAAUGUUGGACUGAAUGAGCCUCACAGUUUUAGGGGCUCAUUAUAAUGUAUAUGAAGGAGUUUUGUACUCUCAAUCAAACCUCAACUGAAAUGCCUUUCCUUUCACUGUAUUCACUCAAGGACAGUAUAUGAACAUAUAGUUUUACCAGUAUGUCUGAACAUUUCUUAGAAUGAAAGCAAGCCUUUGUGCUGUUCUCAUAUAGGUGACCCUUUUCUUGAAAAUUGUAAUCACUGCGAGCAUUGAGGCUUAGUAGCAUUGAAACAUUUACAAAUUAUUUUAAUUAUGCUUUUUCUGCUAUUUACAUUUCAUUUGUCAUAAAGGACUGUGAUACAUAUAGAUCACAAUAGGAUCUGUUUUCGUACUUCAUUUCUAUUAUUACUGCAUAAAUAGUCAUUGUGUUAAAUUGUAACUUGGAUUGUAAUUUCACAAUGCUUGUAUUUGAAUUUCUCAUGUUGAAUCCUCAUGACCUCACUAAGCACGUCUUGCAACAUUUCAUUUGAGAUUAACUUGGAAAAUUACAGCAUAUUUUACAUUUCUAAUGAAAUUGUGAAUUUAUCAAAAGAAAUGUAUUGUAUUUGUUUUUAUUUUACUGUGUCCCAAUGUUUAAACUCUGAUUUGAUUUGGUACUCACGACCAAACAUUUCAUUAGAUGUCUUUUCUUUAUUUUAUUUAUCUGUUAAUUUGUUUAAUAAACCAUUUCUGAAUGUACAGUAACAAUGUAUUGAAUCAGACAAACUAUUCUCUUCUGAUUAAAAAUUGGAUUCUACAACAACAUAAA